GAUGUGUUUGAAUGUGACCAGAUUCAAAAUCUGCUGCAUUGUAGUGCGUAACAACUCAGAUGCACUGAUCUGACGAACUUAAUCAUGCAUACGAAGGAGAAACAGAGUGAUGUGUGUGUUUUGUGCAUGUUAUGUGUUGAUUACAGCUAGUGUGAAAACUUGUCCGAGUCCCUGAGAGAAGUUUUGGCAGUGCGUAGGUUUCCAGCGUGCCCUGAUGAUGUUGCAUGUCUUGAAAUGGGGAGGGAGUCCGUUGUAAGAUUCGCAGUGGCUAUUAUUUAUUAAAGUAACUUAGCUGAACUGAUAGACUCUUGAUAGAAGUUUGAAUUGAUAGAAGUUGGUUUGUUUAUAGAGUGAACUUUCAUGCAGGAGUGCAUGCUUUUAUAGUCGAUGCAAUAGUUUUCUGUCUUAUUUUCUGUCAUGCAGAGAAAAAGCACGCAUGUUUGAUUCUUGUAGUUAGAAUACAGUUGAAAAUCGUGUGAUUCACGGCCGCCUGGUUUCGAUUCAUGGUGCAUAUUAGCAGAAGAAAACUGCCAGAGAUCAAUAAGUUCACUUCACAUGACGAUGAGUCAACCAGCUCCGUUUCUCAGCUCCCCAGUUUUUUUUUUAACCUCAUCAGGGUUGAGAUUGAGUCAGACAAUAUUCCCCAUGUGCACUGUUGUGGUUGGACGAAUAUAUUUGCAGUUCUACGCACAUUCAGUACAUACUUGCUUACCUGGAUCACACUGAGUAAUUCCUAACCACAUGGUGGUUUAUGGAUAAGAUCAACGUUGUUAAAACUACAAAACAUGUAACGGAAGUUUAGGUGUGUCUACUGUCAGCAUGUUGGAAUCGGCCUGUCGGGACGGAUAUCUGACAGUCAGGUCGGAACCUCUAGAACCCAAGCACCUGCUUCCCAAGAGAGAGAAAACCUGCAGCGAACAGGAGACCAACUUGACCGUGGGCCAGUACGUGUUGUGUCGCUGGUCUGACGGCCUUUACUACCUGGGCAAGAUCCAGAGAGUGAGCACCUCAAAACAGAAUUGCUUUGUGACGUUUGAAGACAACUCCAAGUUCUGGGUGCUUUGGAAAGACAUACAGCAUGCUGGUGUCCCUGGGGAAGAACCCAAAUGCUCAGUGUGUUCUGACAUGUCUUUGGUUCCUGGUAAUGAAAUUCUUAUCUGUGGGAAGUGCGGAAUAGGCUAUCACCAGCUCUGCCACUUGCCCCCAGUGGAGAGCUCAGCUGACCUUUCUCCAUGGUUCUGCAGAAAGUGCAUUUUUGCUUUAGCUGUGAGAAAAGGGGGAGCUCUGAAAAAAGGGCCAAUUUCUAAAGCGCUGCAGGCCAUGAAGCAGGUACUGCCCUAUAAUCCAGAGGAGCUGGAGUGGGACUCUUUGCAUCGUACGAACCAUCAGCAGUGCUACUGCUACUGCGGAGGACCCGGAGAGUGGUAUCUGAAAAUGCUGCAGUGCUUUCGCUGUGAGCAGUGGUUUCAUGAGGCGUGUACGCAGUGCCUACAGGAGUCCAUGAUGUUUGGAGAUAGGUUUUACUUGUUCAUUUGUGCGGUGUGCAAUAAAGGAGUGGAGUACAUCAAGCAGCUGGCGCUCCGAUGGGUGGAUGUUGUCCAUCUCGCCCUUUACAACCUUGGAGUCCAAAGUAAGAAGAAAUACUUUGAACUGGAAGAAAUCCUGACCUUCAUCAGCAACAACUGGGACCAUUUCCAGAUGGGCAAGCUCUCCAACACCCCUCUGUCUGAACGGGGCCAGUAUAUUCUUGAUGCCCUCAACAACUAUAAAAGCAAGUUUCUUUGCGGCAAGGAGAUCAAGAAGAGGAAAUGCAUUUUCCGACUAAGGACAAGGGUCCCUCCUAACCCCCCAUCUAAGUUGUUUCCAGAGAAGGCCCAGAACAGUGAGGGCCACAGGGGCCGCAAAAAAGGGGUCAACAGAAACAGUAGCUCAGUUCCUACAGAAAAGCGGAGGAAGAAGAGGUCCAAGUGGCUGCUAGAGGAUGCUAUUCCUAAUAAUGACCUCACCUCUACCUGGAGCACCAAUCAUCACAUGGCCAACAUAUUCGACUUCACGCUGGACGAGCUGCAGAGUUUGAAGAGCACCAGUUCAGGACAGACGUUCAGUAUGGACCAGGACUCCACCGAUGCAGCCAGUACUUCUGGUUCUGCCACCACCAGCGUCUCCUAUGAUUUCAGGAAAAAUGUGGGCAGUCGGAAGAGGAAGUUGCCCUCCUCUAAUUACACUGCGCUGGCCACAAAACGAGAGAUGGUGGAGCGUGAGCUGAGCCCCAUCAGCAUGCCUGGAGAGGAGAGCAACGUCAUGCUGGAGAACAGCAUCGACAGCCACACCUUUGAGAGCAUCAGCGAGGACGAUUCCUCACUGUCUCACCUCAAGUCUUCCAUCACCAGCUAUUUUGGGGCGGCCGGUCGACUCACCUGCGGGGAGAAGUAUCAGGUUCUGGCUCGUAGGAUCACACCUGAAGGCAAGGUGCAGUAUUUGGUGGAGUGGGAAGGAACUACACCUUACUGAAUAUCACAGAACAGAGGUGUGGAACAGGUGGUCUGCAAAGGAAGAUGACACCCCCCACCCCACCCCACCCCAUAGUUACUCUCCGUUUUUCUAUUCUGAAAGUCAUAGUUUCGGAGUUCUAGUUUUGUUUUUCUUGUUUUCCACGAACCACAUAUAGUGUUUUUUUUUUCUGAUUCUCUGGUCUCCUCUCGUGGGACAUUAAAGUGUUUUUUGUGAAGUCAUUUGCAGUGUCCUUUUUAGGGCACUUUAAACAUCACAAACGUCAUUCAGUCUAGUAACGUAUACUAAUUUUACACAGUAUAACGUCAUUAUUAGGUAGCAGAUAAAGGACAGUAUUAUACAACAUGAAGUCGUUUCAGUUUAGUUUGGGGAUUCAAACCGUUUCAGUUCCUGUAAUUCAGAACGUCAAAAUCUGUGUCAGGUUUUGAGUUUAAUGUUCAACCAAAAAUGAACAUUUGCUGAAAAUGUACUCAUCCUCAGGCCAUCCAGGUUGUAGAUGAGUCUGUUUCAAUAUCAGAACAGAUUUGGAGAUAUAAAGCAUCUCAUCACUUGCUCACCAGUGGAUCCUCUGGAGUGAAUGGGUGCCGUCAGAAUGAAAGUCCAAACAGCUGAUACAAACAUCACAAUAAUCUAGAAGUAAUCCACAUGAUUGCAGUCCAUAAUAUUACAUUCUCUAGCAAUGAAGUUGUCUUGUCUGAAUCAGGAGAGAAAAUAUGCACAGAUCAAGCUCCAUUUACAAGCAAAAACAGUUCUAAACCAGUAUGUUGUUGGAUUUUGAUGUGAGAGGACAAACAGGAAUGGAUUUUUUGACAGUUUAAAAGUUAAAAUGCCUUAAUGAGGGAUUUGUUUCUUGCAGCUUUUCACUUCACAAGACAUUAACUGACUGAAAUCAUGCGGAUUGCUUGUAUUAAUUGUGAUGUUUUAUCUGCUGUUUGGACUCUCAUUCCAGCGGCACCCAUUCACAGAGCAAGUGAUGCAAUGCUUAAUUUCUCCAAAUCUGUUCUGAUGAAGAAACAAACUCUUCUACAUUUUGUAUUGAGGGCCUGAGCUUGAGUACAUUUUCAGCAAAUUUUCAUUUUUUUCUGUGAAUUAUCCCUUUAACGUAUUUUUGCAGAAGCAAAAUAUAGCAAUCUGCACACAUUUGUUUUUUCACCUUAGAUAACAGUGCAGCGGGGGGAGUUUAGCCAUGUUAAAAUGUUAGCACUUUCGUUCUUUCCUGUUCAGAUAUCAGUUUUGAAUUCGAUCUGGGUGAUUAUAAAACCAAAGUGACACAAAUACUGCUUUGAGAAGUAUUUUUCUAUUUUAAAUUCUUCUGUAUGCUCUGGCAUGUCAGAUUGGAGAAACGGUACCUGCUUUGAAAAAGCAAAAUGAAACUGAAAGUGGAAAGUGAUCAUUUGCAUUUAAUUAACAAUAGAAUUUUUUUCUUUUUUCAACAUUUGCCAACAUAUUAAUGUCAAAUCAAUGUUUUUACAUGAUUUCCAAAGAUCGCUGUUAUAUCUGAGAUGGAUCUGGAAGUGGAUACAUGCACUUAUCAGAUGAUUAGAUUGACUGGAAAAUUGAAAGUUAUGUGAAGUUUUAAAGCUGGCAGGUUCUAUAAUUUGACUUAAUUAGUUUUAUAGUACAAAACAUUAUAAAUAUACUUUAUUAUUUACAUGUAUAUAAUUGGAUAUAAUAUUAGCCCCAUUUUAUUAUUGCACUAUUAACAUCUUCUAUCAGCUAUGCAAGCUAUUAUUGGAUAAAUUUACCCUUUUUUUAUGUAUAAAAGAUAUUUCAAGUAUUUACUUUUUACUUUUGUAAUAUUUCCCCAAAGGAAAAGCAUAUGUGAAAUUAAAAGUCAACAGUUUUGUCAACAAAACACAAAGAUUGUUGUACUGAUCAAGUUUUUGUAUGUCAACUUGCUCACAUUUCAAGAGAAUAUAUUUUGGUUACAAGUUUAACAAGGUUUAGAAGAGAAACAACCUAUUGCCUUAUCAUAAUAUUAAAAUUAAGGAGUUUUGAAUGCUUUUCUGACAAUUUUUCUACACCGCACCCUCAAAGCCGUACAUGAUGAACAUGUAUUUGUCUUUUGGAACAAAAUGUGCAAACUUGCAUGUGUCAUUAUUCAUUCAUUCCUGUUUCAGAACAUUAAAAGAGUUUGUCAGCAAUAA